AUGUAUAGUCAUGUUGUCAAAAUUAAAGAGACAAUUGGAGUUACACAAGUACUUGAUGCAACACAUUUCCUAACUAAUUUAGAGGAAAUUGAAGAUGGUGUUUUAUUAUCAGAUGAUGUAUCUCCUCAACAUAUUAGAAUAUUUGUAGGUGAAGAAUUAAGGCGUGUGUUACAAUUUGGGGUAUAUGUAAAUAUUUCUGAUCAAAUAUUUGCUGACAGUUUUUUAAAUUUAGAAGAAAAUGAUAAUGGUAAUGAAAAUGUUGGAAAUUAUAUUGAGAUUCAAGUUUUGAUGUGA